UGUGUACUCAGUGUAGUGAAAUUUGGUUUAAUUUAUAGCAUCUUACGAUUGCCGUAAAUUUAAUACUGUAAUCUUAAUACUUCAUUAAUUGAUAUUUUGCAUUAUAAACAUAUUUUUGUGAUAUUUAUCAAUAAUUCGGUCUGUCCACUUCAAAAGAUGGGUGCUUACAAGUAUAUUCAAGAAUUGUACCGCAAAAAGCAAAGUGAUGUGUUACGGUUUCUUCUCCGUAUCCGAGUAUGGCAGUACCGUCAAUUGACGAAAAUGCAUAGAGCCCCUAGGCCUUCCAGACCAGACAAAGCCAGACGUUUGGGAUACCGUGCUAAGCAAGGUUAUGUUAUCUUCCGCAUCAGGGUGCGCCGAGGUGGACGUAAACGUCCAGUUCCAAAGGGUGCUACUUUUGGAAAACCAAAGAGCCAUGGAGUUAAUCAAUUGAAACCCACUAGGAACUUGCAAUCUGUUGCUGAGGAGCGUGUAGGACGUCGUUGUGGUGGUCUGAGAGUUUUGAAUUCAUACUGGGUUGCUCAAGAUUCAUCAUAUAAGUACUUCGAAGUUAUUUUGGUGGAUCCAUCUCAUAAUGCUAUUCGUAGAGAUCCUAAAGCAAACUGGAUCUGCAAUGCUGUGCACAAGCACAGGGAAAUGCGUGGACUUACGUCUGCUGGCAAAUCAUCUCGAGGGCUUGGCAAAGGCCACCGUUACUCACAAACCAUUGGUGGAUCGCGUAGAGCUGCCUGGCUCAGAAGAAAUUCUCUACAAUUACGUAGAAAGCGUUAAAUUUUUUUGUAAAGAUGUGUUGAUAUAAAUAUACAAGUCAUGAAAAA